AUGUUGACCAAUCGCACCAAAGUGAUAUUGCCUGAUAUUUCAACAACGAACUCUAGUUAUGUACGUACAGGUGACUUGUGCCGAUAUAACAAAGAUGGAGACGUCGUCUAUGUUGGUCGCGUAGAUUUUCGUAUAAAAAUUUAUGGUCAACUUGUCGAACCUGAAGUCAUCGAACAAAUCGUAUUGAAAGCGACCGAUUUAGUUAAAGCUUGUAUUGUACGAAAAGAACAAAUACAAGAAGUGAACAACGAGUAUCUAUCGUGUCACUUAUUAGUGACAUCUGACGUCGAUUCUCAAGAUCUUAUCCAUAAAAUUGAAGUCUAUUGUCGACAAUAUUUACCUUCGUUUAUGGUUCCAGUCGCUUGGCAAAUUCAUAGUGAAUUUCCACUAACACCUUCAGGCAAAAUAGCUAGAAAGCAACUCGGCGAAAUCAAGCCAACGAAUAAUAUUGGUCACAUUCAGACAGAGUAUGUAACUGCUCUCGCUUUCUCUCUCUGUGUCUAA